GGAAGAUGGCGGCGCCCGUCCUGCUGAGAGUGUCGGUACCGCGGUGGGAGCGGGUGGCCCGGUAUGCAGUGUGCGCCGCCGGGAUCCUGCUCUCCAUCUACGCCUACCACGUGGAGCGGGAGAAGGAGCGGGACCCCGAACACCGGGCCCUCUGCGACCUGGGGCCCUGGGUGAAGUGCUCCGCCGCCCUUGCCUCCAGAUGGGGUCGAGGAUUUGGUCUUUUGGGUUCCAUUUUUGGAAAGGAUGGUGUAUUAAACCAGCCAAACAGUGUCUUUGGACUAAUAUUUUAUAUACUACAGUUAUUACUUGGCAUGACAGCAAGCGCAGUUGCAGCUUUAAUCCUCAUGACAUCCUCCAUCGUGUCUGUUGUAGGGUCUUUGUACCUGGCCUACAUUCUGUACUUCGUGCUGAAGGAGUUUUGCAUCAUCUGCGUCAUCACAUACGUGCUGAACUUCAUUCUUCUUAUCAUCAACUACAAACGACUAGUUUACUUGAAUGACGCUUGGAAACGGCACCUGCAGCCCAAGCAGGACUGACAGCCGACAGAACUCUUAACUGACAGUUUGAAGUCCCUUUUUCCAUUAAGUUUAUUUUGCAGCAGUUUUUUUUUUUUUAUUCUUCACAACAGACAUUUUCCCUAAGAAUCUUAAACUGAUUUUUUAAAAUCUUGUAAAUUAGAAGGGGCCCUAGCUGUUUUCUGUGUCAAUCUUCAUUUUAAAUAUGGAUACAAAAAAAGGAUAUGCCGAGCCAAUCAAAGACAAGCUUUAACUUUACUUUGAAGAUCUUUCUGAAUAUUAAAAUGUAGUCCUAGUCCCCUUCCCCCACCUGUAAAGUGAGCAACCAUUGCUAGUAAUUCUUUAAUGUGUAUAAAUUCAAUUUCAGGUAUAACAAAUGUGAUCAUGACAUGAAAAUAUUUUAGAAUAGAUACCGUAUUAAAUAUUGCCAUGUUUACAAUAUGUAAUAUGUUUUUAGCCGAUGGAUUUAAACAUGUAGAUUCAACUAGAAUCCAUUUAUGUGAUAUUUGUAAAUAAAGGUAGAAAUAUUGGAUCCAUCCCUGCAGAACUUGCUGUACAGUUUAGUUGAGUGUAGCAAUGAAGAAUUGUCAGCUCAAUGUUGACUGAUAAAAUAGUGGAAAUAGUAAGCCGGUGUAGAGCAUCUCUUGUGAAAAGUACAGACAGCCAAGGGUGCAGCAUUGACAGCAGAAAUACUGGGGUGGUUGGUUCCCUUCCAUGUCCCUCCUCUGAAAGCAAGGAACUAAAUUGGAAUGUUUAAUUCAAGUUUGUAUCCAGUCAUAAAACUGGAUCAAUUAUAAUCUUAGAAUGAGUCAUGUGAUGAGACCAAGUCCAAGGCCUUUGGGACACUAAUAGGAAAAUGGGUAUUUUUUUUUUUUUUGGAGAAAAGCUGGAAAUAUUCAUAUGUCAUUUUCAAGUAAAGUCUCUUACACCAGUUGAAUUUUCACACAGAUAUUUUUCCUUAAUAUUGGUGCCAGUCAACCAAACAGUAUUAUGACUUUAAAAUAACCAAUAUAAGCCUGACCACUCCAGAGCAGGAUUGCUCUUUGGUAGCUCCAUAGCAUUCUCCCUAAUUGUUUCUUUCUGCACUAACUAAUCAGAUGUCUAGUUCAAUUGUUUUAGAGUCAAAUAUUGGAUUGGUAAACUUUAGGGCUGACUUGCUGCUUAGUUGGUAAAAAUAUCUAAAGGUAAAAUACAGUAAUGUCAUCACUGUUCUUUUACUAACUACACGAAUGCAUAAGAAAAAUUUUUAAAGGUGAUUUGAAUAAACCCAAAUGGAAUUGUGACAGUAUGUUUCUAUGGUUAACAUCUUAUAUCAGAAUGUUUAAAGUGCCUUCUGUCUUAAAUCUCAAACCAAAUAUUUCGCGUGUUGAACUUGGGCAGAAGUGUCCUUCCUUCCUUUCUUACUGUGAAGUAGAAAACUUGCAUUCUACAGAAAGGUUCUGUAUGAUCAUUUUAUUGCUUUGAUUGAGAAGUAGUGGCAGUGUUUUUGCUUCUAAUUCAAUCAAUCAUGAGUUAAAAAUAGUCAAUUAGACCAGAAACUUUUGAGUGCUUUAUUUGCCUUCUUUUUGAAGGGAGGGACAGGUUGUACUCUAUAAACUGUAGAGUCGGCAACUGUUCAGUAGUUUCUAACUGACUGUCAUAAUCGAUGCAAUGUAGGUAGGUCUUCUGGCCCAAGGCAGGUAUAAAGUCUGAAUUGUAGUGAAUUUUUAACUAGUUUCUUAAAAGACGACUUAAUUCAGAUUUCAUCAAAGCUUUUGUUUUCCCAUGAAUGUGAAUAUUUCAAUGCUCAUUUUAUUACGUAUGUAUUGUUCCUGUAUUCUGAAGUAGUUAAAAGAACUGUAGAAUGUGUUGAUUGGGUGUCUGGUGUUCACGGAGAAGCAAGUCCUCAUGUUUGAAAGCUGUACAGUGAGGUCAUGUUGUAGCAGUGCAUCCAGUUCUACCAAGGCAGUUCACUGGUUCUCUUUUCUAAGCUAGAGUGGAAAUGGCUUAAGGGUUAAGACUUCUGUGGUGUGUAUAACACCCGUUGUGCUAAACAAAUUCCUUGUGUCCCAAUUUUUAGUAGUUUUUCAUCAUAUUUUGUAUCAGUCCCCAGAGUAUAGUUAAAGCUUGUCUUGAUGUUGCAUUCUUGCAAAUGUCUUCAACUCUUCCGUGAGAAAACAUGUAAAAAUGUUCAGCCAGACCCUUCGUUUUUUCCUUUGCUUUCUUAAGCCUUGGGGAAACCACUGUUUCAGUUGUAUAAAAUUUUUUGCCACAUUACCUGUGACCCAAUAAAAUUAUGCCCUUUUUCUCACUGAGAGAUGGAACACAAGCUGCCAGAAAGAACAGCAUUUUAAUGCCAGUAUCUCAGUAAGGAACAGAACCCCGUUGGGUAUUAGUUGGUAUUUUUUGCCCUGAAGAAUUUAGACUCCCCUGUACCUCCUAUUCACCUAGAAGAGCAGGGGAACACCAUGUUAAAAAAUUUGAAAAUUGUUAUUCCUAUUUUAGACUGAAUAUUUAAAUACUGUAGCAUUACUAAGGUACCAAUGUUAGAUGACAAAUUAGGGGGUAAAAUUGGCUUCAGCAGUAAUUUCACACUUCAUGUUUUUGAAGUGAUUCAUAACAAUUGAAGCUUCUUAUUUACUUGAUAGUCAUAAAUAGCAUUUGAAAAAGUAAGUUGUGGUCUAGGGAAUCUAGGUGGUUUGGAGGGUUUCAUUUAGUUUUUCAUUACAGCUAGUUGCUAUAAAGAUAAACUUCUGGUGAAAUAACUCAGGUUUAACUAGCUAUGUCCCAUUAAUUAUAUUUACUUAAUAUAUGUAUCCUACUUUUCAGGAAUGCUAAAAACAUUGAUUGUUUUCAUAUAAAGAUUUGUUUUUUGGCAUAAGCAAUCUUUGGAUCUACUAGGUAAGAGAGAACAAGACUACAGUGAAAUUAAAACUAUUUGUUGGCUUUUGUUUGUGUAGUUUUAAUUUUUUUUAAGACCAUCUUUAGAAAGACUAGAUGGUAUUAAAGACUCUCUGCAAAAGUGCAGUUAUUGUCAGCAGUUACUUCAUAUCUUAGAUUGGUACCACUGCUUGACACCAGUGAGUGCUGACAGCAUGCCUCAUCUUGAAAAUCAGUGUUAGACAAAUGCCAACAAGGAACCCACUAUCAUUUUUGGUAACAUAUUUGGGGAGGAUAAACCUAAUAAACAGUCUUUGCGCUCAUGUAUUUUCCUACAACACAUCAGCAUUGGUGAAACAUUUCAGAUAUUUUAGGCAGCACUUACAGUUCCUAAUUUGUGAGAAUUACCCCUCAGUAAGCCAAAUGAGGGAAGGGGGUGGGAAUCCAGGCUACUUGGUUAAACAUUUUUCUAUAGAUUAGCCCAGAAAAGGUGAAGUCUUAUGAAACUGUAUUAAACAUGGCCUAAGUAUUAGGUGUAUGAUCUGUAUAGUAUGUUCCAUCAAAAAUAUUUAUUACUAGUGCUUUCAACUCCAGGGUAAACAUUCAUUUAAAAUGGGAGUUCACUGGGCAGAUUUCCCCUUUAAUAUAGAUAGAAAUAUUCUUUAUCAGAGAUUCAGGACACCGUUUUGCUAACUGGUAAAUAAAAACAAAUGUAAAUAUGUAAGAAUGUUUAUUUGUUGCACAUAACUUUUUUGGUAUAAAAUAAAUGUAGAAGUUACCUGUGGAA